AUGGGGCUCUCAAUCUCCCGCCUCCUUUCUGGCCUCUUCGGCAAGAGGGAGAUGCGUAUACUGAUGGUCGGUUUAGACGCAGCUGGUAAAACGACCAUUCUGUAUAAGCUGAAGCUCGGCGAGAUCGUGACUACUAUUCCUACGAUCGGUUUCAAUGUCGAGACUGUGGAAUACAAGAACAUCUCGUUCACCGUGUGGGAUAUCGGAGGCCAGGACAAGAUUCGUCCUCUUUGGAGGCAUUACUUCCAGAACACUCAGGCUAUCGUUUUUGUUGUUGAUUCCAACGACCGGGAACGUGUUUCGGAGGCACGCGAGGAGCUACAGCGGAUGCUCAACGAGGAUGAGCUCCGCGAUGCGCUCCUCCUUGUCUUUGCGAACAAACAGGAUCUCCCCAAUGCUAUGAAUGCUGCUGAGAUUACCGACAAGCUCGGUCUACAUGGCCUCAGGCAGAGGACGUGGUUCAUCCAGGCGGCGUGCGCGACCAGCGGAGAUGGCCUCUACGAAGGUCUCGAGUGGCUGAGCGCAAACAUCAAGCGACGGGUGUAG